UUUAUGGAUCGUGUGCAUAUAUGUGAAAAAUAGUAGUUCCUCUAAGCUUAGAUCGAGGCGACAAGGUAAGGUCUGUCUUCAUUUGCGCAUUUACAAGGGUGGAAACAAGACCAGAUCUAAUACUUGUAACUAUAUUUUACCUCCUGAGUGUCACCUUCUGCAUUUUUGUUAAUCCUGGUCACGGUCGACAGAGUCAUAUGCAUCAGUGGUUGUGUAUUAGUCGGUAUUAAUAUUUUAUUUUACUUCAGUAAAACCUUUAAGAUAUCUUGUACUUCUUUGUCGAUGUUGCAGCUGUCUGCCUUCCAUUAGCGCUUUCCCUUGUCUCUGUAGAAGCAAACUUCGACUUUUCUGUUUUCCUGAAAGAAGUCUAAUUGAGCAGGGAAUGAAGUGCAAGUACAUGAGUAAAAAAACAACCAUUGUCGCCCCUUUGGAGCAAUAAAAAGUGCCUCAAAUUUGUAUACCUCGUUGUAGGUCGAGACUCUUAUUUGCAUUUAAUAAGUGGAAUGAUGGCAACCUUGCUGAAAGUCCAGACACGAGGGCGUCGCAUCCCUAAGUACAACAAUUAGUAGUAGACUAGUCGGCGGGACUUACCCGCGUGCCACUUAUUCAUGAUUUAACGACAACAGUCCGUGAUGGAAAGCUGCACCAGAGUGCGCUUCAUUCUCCACGUGAGAGUGUGCGUUCGAUACUCCCGGCUUCCUGGUCAACCUUCUGUGGCUGCCUGGGCCACAAAUUACUUGGUAGCCCGCGUAUUGUCCGUAGUAGCUAGGUUCAUAAAAGGGAUUAUAUAAGUAGUAAGGAUCUGAAAUCUCGAUCGCUGCAUCGCUUUGAAUGCGUAAGAAGGAAACAACUCUCCUUAGUGGGUAUAGGUACGGCCACAUUUCGCCGUGGGAGGUCUGGGUAAAAGACUGCUAAGAGUUGUAAUGGAAAACUACGGUUUGCACACGGGUAGACAUUAGCCUUGGUCCAAACAGAAAAACCGAUUGCAACGCAGGCACAAGCAAACGAUAACACGAUUACUACGAGGGACAAUUUUUUUUAUAAAUCAAUUAUACCUACAGAUGAAGAAAAUUAAGAGGCAUAAAUAAUUGAAAAGAGACCUAAUCUUCUAGCUCGAUAGCUUUUCCGAAUCUUAUUUCCUGGGUGGGCUUCCGGUUAGUCAUUGGUAUGCUUAGAUAGUAUGACAAUUAAACCACUCACUCUUUAACUGCACAUCAGUAUACUCGUGCGAAUUCUUUUUUUCGUUGAACCGUUUCAUUAAUUCGAACACCCGAUUACUAGCCUGUAGAUGAAUACCAUAAAUUAUCUUGGUACAAACUCGGACAACCUGUGUAUACUCUGGGUGGUGCCCAAAAAGACCCCACAGACACAAUAGAUGGGCGUGUCUCCAUAUCUCUCGUUCACUUUUUCGUGAAACAAACCAAAAUGUGUUCCUUUUCUAUCUCUUACAUAGAAUUAACCAAGGAGCUUUACGUUUCGUAGGAUAAAAGAGUUUAAGUUUGAAAAUUCAUCCUGUCAUUGAUUGCUGUGCGAUUUAUGAUCACGUUUUAUUGGAUUGUGUCAAAUACACUUUUCACGCCAGAGGCGUCCCUUCACGACGCCAAGCACACCCUACGGCCAUUUAACGCUUGAACGGGGAAUGUAUCGUGGACGUGAGGUUUUACAUGUCUACCUCUUUAACCUGUCCUUAAAACAGGCUCAAACAUUGAGACAACAAAACAAUUCAGAUUAUCCAUGCUUAAAAUUUCCUCUACAACCUCCUGAGACAAUAACAUCCGUUUAGAACAGUAUUUGACUCCUACUUGGGUAUUUAUCCGAGUGUUUAAACCUGAAAGUCAUGUUCGUGCCGGCCGGCAUAACUUUUUGUGAGGAUUACUGGCCUUUAUCGAGGUUUCACGUCGCCCCUCUUAUCAGAGUUUGAAAAGGAAGGAUAGUAAAUUGAAACCACAGAAGGGGCACCAACCAGUAAACGCAGCGAAACUGGAAGUACAUACUACGCAAAAAAAAAAAAAAAGAAAGCAGAGAAAAGAGGACAAAUCACGCAAAGGAUGAUAAAACAACUGCCACCACGUUAACAGCCAUGAACAGCUGAUGUGGCCCCCUUUCUGCACGGUAUGGCUCGACCAAAGGGCUCAGGGUUGCCUCAUAGAAAAAUGUAAAUAGAUACGAGUAAACAGCAUUUGUGAUGAUGUGGCAAAAUGUCAUCAUUGGUCUGCAGGUCGGCACAAAGAGAAAGUGGGGCGCAGUUCGAUAAAUAUUACACUAUCACUCCUCUUCACUUUCAACCAGCGUCUCUUUUGGCAGAAUUAAAUAUUCUAUCAGCAGUUGUAGCGAUACGUGAAUAUCGUAGUUUCUUCCUUUGUCACGGACAGUUUAUCUGUACAGCGGCAGUCUUCACGGUGUCACUUGAAUAAGAAGAUUGGUACACAAAUUGAAUCUAAAUUGAGAAAGAUUAGCCAACGAUGGCGCAAUACGCGAUAGUGCGCAAUAUGCGGAAAACUUAUAAAAACCGAAAUUCAUUUAAUUCCCUACUAAAUCGUAAGUAAAUUUAAUCCGAUUUAAGCCAAGAAUUAUGGUUCCAUGAUGCCGGGUAUGGUUUCGUCUUCACCGCAUCGAGCGACAUCACACUUCUGUACCUACUUCUGAGUACUAAUCGUUUUAAAGUUAGGAAUUUUUUAACCAUUAUUUUUAAACAAAAGCUUGCAUAGUUUGUUUUCUUCAAAACACGAGUUUCUCUUAGCCUCAGUCAACCGUGUGAUUGAUUAGUAACUGCCAUGCAUUAGGGACGUCAAUCUUGUGUUUACUUUUUAUGUAAUGUAAUUAACAUUCAAAAAGCGGGGGUCCCUAGCACCGUUUUAAAUAUUCAAACAGCAAUUUCAUCAUCCAAAACUGAAGUUCAUCCUUCCUUAUUCUUGGCGUUUGUGACCCAAAGAAGAUCAAGAUUGGAGAACAUUGAAUUUCCGCAAUUUAAACGUAAUUUUCGGGUUACUUGUGUAUGUGCACGCAAUAGGUCAAUAAAACCAAGCCAGGACUUGUGAAAGCUCUGAAUGCCUUCACUUUCGUUUCUAGCUCUAAUAGUUCUCAAACCUUUUUAUUUUAUUUCUUUUCUUUCAGCUGGCCCCUUUAGGUAUUUUCGUUGCCGAGGCCUAGAGCAGGCUUAUGGAAAAGCGUGACCUUAGUCCCUGGGGUUUGUUAUGCGUGACCUGAUUGGUUCAAAUUAUGGCGGGUAAUUUGUUCAAAAGGGCACGUGGAGAACGUGCACAGAUAAUAUUCGCGCAAAAGUCAUUCAUUCAUACCGAUAGGAGACCUGGACGCGCAAAGGUCUCGAUUGAUUGAUCAAACGGCACAUCUGUAGAAAGCAUAAACAUAAUUUGUAUUCCUCUCCCACUGCAUCGUUCAGUCCGCUUUUCGAUUGAUUUAGUAAAUGGCAAUUGGAAGGUUAGGAUCGUAAAACAGCAGCGAUUGUUUAUUUUAUGAAAGCAAGUGGAUCAUAAACUCUCCACUCAGUGUUUGCUAUAUUAACAGGCAAAUCAAACUGACUUCUUGCUUUGCCCUUGGGCAACUAAUUUUUCAAAUCUGGGAGUGUUCUUGUCCAGAACGUGUAUUUCCACAACUCAUGAUAACUUUUAAGUUCUUACAUAGCUGGUAACAAUUAUAUUUCUAGUGACAGUGCAGCCAAAGACCUCUGCCAUUUGAGAUUGGAUUCCGUCGAGGAAGCGAAAACACGAAAGAGGAGGGCAAAAGGCUUCUUGUUCCAGAGGAGCUGUAAGCAAGCGGACGAGAGCGGCACUUCAAGAGAAGAAAACCCAGAUGUCUGUGCAACCAUUUUGUAAUACUGAGGGAAGCAUUAGUGGAUUUUCAAGGAUUGAAACAAGAAGUCAACGACAGUCAAAGGCGUUGAAAGAACACACAGCAAGCAAUUCUCUCCCUGACUUUGGAAAAUCUAGUAGUUUCACCUUCAGCAAUUACUUUAUACCAGUUGUUAAGAGUGUUAUGCCUCUUCCUGAGCUUGAUUGGGCAGAUCCCAAAGAAGUGUGGGCAAUAAUGCUUGAGAAAGAGAGAAAGUAUUCUAGAGACCCUCUGUAUUUUAGAAAACAUAAAUUUAUCCAGCCAAGAAUGCGGGCAAUUCUGCUGGAAUGGCUAACAGAGGUUUGUGAAGUUUAUAGACUGCACAGGGAAACAUAUUAUUUAGCAGUGGACUUUGUGGAUAGAUACCUGUCAGUUAAACAUGACAUUGCUAAGCAGAGACUACAACUUGUUGGAACAACAGCUUUGUUUAUUGCUGCUAAGAUGGAGGAAAUUUACCCUCCCAAAAUAAGCGAGUUUGCCUAUGUCACUGAUGGUGCCUGUACAGAAAAUGAGAUCCUAGAUGAAGAACUACUCAUGUUAAAGGGGUUAUGUUGGAAUUUAACACCAAUCACUGUCAAUUCAUGGUUAAAUAUUUAUUCACAGUUGUCUAGCUUAACAAGUAAAAACAUCAAAACAUCAAACUUCAACAUCCCUAGCUAUUCACAACCAAGAUUUGUUCAAGUUGCACAACUAUUAGAUCUGUGUACCCUGGAUGUUGGUUCACUGCAGUUCUCUUACAGUAUUCUGGUGGCGUCAGCUCUCUACCACAUGCUUCCUGUUGAUGUUGAAGAAGUCACAGGACAUUCACCAGAGGAACUUCACCCAUGUAUUCACUGGAUGACAUCUUUUGCCCAUGUCAUUAUGGAGAAAGGAGUGGCAACUACAAAAAGUUUUGAGCAAGUUCAACGCGAAGAUGCUCACAACAUCCAAACUCAUGCAGUAGACAUAGCAUUACUUGAUAAAGCUCAAGCUCUUCAAAGCACUCUUGUUAGAGAAACAACAGAAAACAGGUCAAGAUCUCCAAACCUUGAAUCCUUUAAACCCCUUACCCCGCCAAGCAGCACAAAAAAACCUGCCUUAGACUCUGUCAUAAUGAUAGAUUGAAGCAAAGUAGGUCUACUUUGAACUUUAUUCAUGCUCUACUUUAUCUCUAGAAUGCUUUCUUAGGGUUUCACAAUGAGACCAAAAUAUCAUUUGGUAAUUGUCACGCUCUCCUUGUGAUGUUAGCUCUAUUACCCCCAGCAGUGAUCAAAAAUGAAUUAUUGCAAUUGUCUUCACAAUUUCAAGCAGAAAAUUAACAUCAAGAAUCAAGUAAACAUCAAGUAGGCAACACUGCUUAAUUUAGCACCAGGAGACUUAGAUCUAAUAUUAUAAGAAAUGUAUAGCAAAUAGUGUGAACAAUUGAUACUUAGCUCCUGGAAUUGCAAGCAGUAACAAUCAGGUAAUUUACUAAAAUGUGGCAUAGGUCACAAAAAAACUUUGGGAUAGAGACGGAUGUUCACCAAAAUGAUAUUGACAAUGCAAUCUCUACCAUUAGUACUUUUAACUCAGGAUUCUUAGAGUUGUUCAGACAAUGAAGUGAACUAAAAUCUUGUUUGGUCCAUUUUGCAUUUUGAUCCCAGUUAGGAAUCUUCCAACUAUUUUACCAUCAGGUGUUCUUUUGUGUGUCUACCCUUUUUAAUAUUUGUACAUAUUUUUAAAGAAACCUUCAAAAGUAACAAAUGUAAAGUUGGACUGACCAUUUGCUAAGUGUGUACCUGGAGCCUACAUUUUUAUUUCUUAUAACUUUUUUUUAUAAAAACAAAACCACAUUUGUAAUAGACAUAAGACCAGGGCUC